AUGAAAUCUAUUAUAAUACAAUUUCCACCUAAACCACAAUUCAAUUUUAGUCCUCCAAAACCGGCUAAUGAUAAUUUUAAAUUAUUUGGUAAUGGUGGUGGUUCAUCAAAACAAGGAUUUGAUGUAAAUCUUGGUGGAGCAGCUAAAGUAUGGGAAAGUCAAAAUGGGAGAAACCAAUUGUUUGGCACUGGAACUUAUUCACAACAUUUAGGUGGACCAUAUGGAAAUAGCAGACCAAAUGUUGGCGGUGGAGCAACAUUUAUACAUAAAUUUGGUUAAAAUUUUUUAGAUGUUUCUUUAAUUAUUGUAAAAAGUAUUAAAUUAUUAUGAUUAUGAAAUAAAAUAAAUGGAUGUGUUUGAUAAAGGAAA